GGCCGGUCCCAGAAGAUGGCGGAGGCGGGGGUGAGUUGGGGUCCCCUGGCGAAGCGCGCGUGACUUUGGUGCGGAGGGGGAGCGUCCUGAAGAAGCAGAGAGACCUUCGGGAAGAAGAACGAGAUUCAUAUGUCAAAAGAAGUCUGAGCAUUUGGACUGAAACGAACUCAAGGUUUCAAGAGUCCAUUAGAGUCUGUCAGACCUAAGGAUUUCUGGAAGGUUCCCAUUUUAGGACGGGAUGUGGUACUGUUGAAACGCCAACCGGCUUUGAUUCUGCAUACAGUUGGCUGGGAAGCUUUUUUUUUUUUUUUCCUUGUCAGUCUAUUGGACUUAUGAAACCAUGGCAGAAGGAGAGACAGAGUCACCAGGGCCCAAGAAACGUGGCCCUUACAUCUCAUCCAUCACUAGCCGAAGUGUAAAUUUAGUGAUUCGAGGAGUAGUGCUAUUUUUUAUCGGAGUAUUUCUUGCGCUAGUGUUAAAUUUACUUCAGAUUCAGAGAAAUGUGACCCUCUUCCCACCUGAUGUGAUUGCAAGCAUCUUUUCUUCUGCAUGGUGGGUACCACCUUGCUGUGGUACAGCGUCAGCUGUGAUUGGGUUAUUAUACCCCUGCAUUGACAGGCAUCUAGGAGAGCCACAUAAAUUUAAAAGAGAGUGGUCCAGUGUAAUGCGGUGUGUAGCCGUCUUUGUUGGUAUAAAUCAUGCCAGCGCCAAAGUGGAUUUUGAUAACAACAUACAGUUAUCUCUCACCCUGGCUGCACUUUCCAUUGGACUGUGGUGGACUUUCGAUAGAUCUUGCAGUGGUUUUGGCCUGGGAGUAGGAAUUGCUUUCUUGGCUACCCUGAUCACUCAGCUACUAGUCUAUAAUGGUGUUUAUCAAUAUACAUCUCCAGAUUUUCUCUAUGUCCGUUCUUGGUUACCAUGUAUAUUUUUCGCUGGAGGCAUAACAAUGGGAAACAUUGGUCGGCAACUGGCCAUGUAUGAAUGCAAAGUCAUCGCAGAGAAAUCCCAUCAGGAAUGAAGAAGGCAAAAAUAGACCUAUUGUGCAGAAAAACAAGGUGAAAAGGGCAUACAAAUGAUUGAUAGACCAACAAAACUUGGAACUAGAACAUUGCCAGAACGCAUUUUCUUUUCCUUAUUUGGCAUAUGCAAACACAUACACACGUUACUGCAAUCUGUGAUUGCUUCGUCUGUAAAUCAGUUGCAAACCUUUCUGCAUCUGAUUUAAAUAAAUGUAGACGUAUAUUCACUCCAUUAAGACAUGUUGACUAAUAGAGGAACAUUUAAAACUAAUUUUUAAACAUGCCAUAUAUUGUAUCACAAAGUGGACGUGCCAAAAUAUUCUGUUAUUGUCACAUGGAAUACAAGAAUGCUUCGACCAGUUUAUAAAUGUAGUGAAGUGAAGAUGAAAAGAUCCAAAAAAAAAAAAUCUGAUGAAAGGCUGGUUUAUUCUGUUUCAUUUACUGUUGUGCCUUUUGAAUUCUUUUAAUCACAGUACUAUGACUGGUGGGUCCCCUGGUGUGUGGUUAUUUUCUAUUUUAAUGUUGUUUCAGAGAGCUUUGGGUGUUUUACUAGGAGAUGAAAUGUAAUUCCAUCAACUGUCUUCAAACCUGCAUGAUUGGAGAGAAUUUAAAAAGUAAUUUUUUUUUUUUUUUUACUUUAACAGAUUUUACAGGAAGGAAAAGUGAUGAACAGGAUAAGUUAUCAGCAUUUAAUUAUCUUGAAUAUAAGCCUAGAAGACUGUAUAUAAUUAAAAGUAAGGACCAUUGGGGAAUUUAACUAGAAAAACUAUAUAUAUUAGCAAUCCAAAAUUACCUUCCGCUGUGGCAAAAGUCUUGUAGUAUUAACUGUCAUUUGCAAUACUGUAUCCUACUGCCUUUGCAUCUAUGGCAUUAUGUGAGAAACCCCAGGCAGAUCAAUAUGAAGUUUCUGAAUUUGUUGACUCUUUACCACAAACCAUUUUAGUUGGAUUGGGUCAUAGAACUGACUGUCUGGAAUGCCAUCUGGGGAAUUGAUGGGCACAUACUUUUCUGAUGUACUCAGAUGCCCAUUAGCGAGUAGUUCAAGCCUGCUGAAGAAUGGAUUGAAAUGGCAUAUUAUGCAUGUUAAAAAAGGUCUUGAUAACAAUUUUGUGCUACUGUUCCAGCAAAUAGAACCAUUUAAGUAUGGUCUAGACAUAUUCUUAGCUAAUUUUUUCCCUGGUUUUUAUUUUUGAAGUCGACAGCAAUUGUGUGAUACACAAAGGUGAAAUUUUCUGCAUACUACAGAGUGUGUGUAUGUGUGUGCACGUGCGUGUGUGUGAUUCAAUGAAUGAGAGUGUAUAUGUAUAUAUGUGCAUGUUUUCUUGCUCUCUUAAAAUGUCAGUUAGAUAUUUUCUAAAUUUCUGGUUUUAAAACCAUUGCUGUCAGACUGAGAUCUUGUAUGCCAAACUUUAAUAUGCUUUUACAUUUUAAAACAAAGUGUGAAAAUCCUAAGAGGAUUACAUAUUGAAUAUAUGUACACAAUCUUAACUAUAGUGGUAGUAAACAUACUGCUAUAAUUUAUUGUUCUAUCUUCCAGAUAAUGUAUUUCAUUUAGGACAAAUAAAGUAUAUUUUUAGAAUAAACUUUGUAAGCACUAUAAAUCUUUAAUAAGUUAUAAGGUCUAUGAUGUGUUUACUUUGAAAAUUGCUGUUAAAAGCAAGAUGUAUUAAAUAUGCAAUUAUCAUCUUGA